AUCUGUAUAAAACAGCAAGAAGCCGAGUCAUCGCGGCCACAAGUCAGAUCUUUCUUAAACGGCGUGCACGGUAUUUCGGUAUUUGUUCAUUCACUCACAGUUUCCUUAUCUUAUUUCGAUUAUCUCUUCUCGUUGUUUCAUCGAUUCGAUCGGUUUUUAUCGGGUUUUUAUCGUCUAGCGUAAAAUAUAAAAUUCGAAUCGGGGAAGGGAUUGAGAAAAACAGGAUGCCUUUCGCGGAUACCGAAACUAUUAAUGGGUACAAUCAUCACCCGCAAUUGAAACAAUCUAAAAAUAACGAAUUGUUGCAAACGGUUGAAGAAUCAUCGCACAGCACAUAUACGUUCGAGGAUCUGCAAGAAGCGGCACAAUAUUUGCUGGACCGGAUCAAAUUGAAGCCAAAACUUGGAAUCAUAUGCGGUUCUGGAAUGAGAUCAAAUGAGCAAAACGAGUUGUGUCCAGGUUCGCUGGCCGAUUGUCUCGAGAAUAAGCAGUCCAUCCCUUAUCAAGAAAUCCCGCAUUUUCCUGUCUCCACUGUGAAGGGUCACCGAGGCCAGAUGGUUUUCGGUUAUUUGAAUUCUGUACCGAUUAUGUGCAUGCAAGGCAGAUUUCACUAUUACGAGGGUUAUCCACUUUGGAAGUGCGCUAUGCCAGUAAGAGUUAUGAAGCUCGUAGGUGUGACUCAUCUGAUCGCGACGAACGCGGCGGGAGGUCUAAAUCCCACAUACAAGGUUGGCGACAUUAUGAUGGUGAAGGAUCACCUGAACAUGAUGGGUUUUGCGGGGAAUAACCCUCUUCAAGGGCCAAACGACGACAGAUUUGGACCGAGAUUUCCGCCAAUGAAUAAAGCUUACAACGCCGAACUCUUAAAGAUCGGUCAACAGGUAGCGAAAGAGAUGGGCAUAAGCGACAUCGUGCACAAAGGUGUAUACGCGUGUAUCGGAGGGCCGAAUUUCGAGACCGUGGCUGAACUGAAGAUGUUAAAAAUGAUCGGCGUCGAUGCUGUAGGAAUGUCUACGGUCCACGAAGUGAUCACCGCCAGACAUUGUGAUUUGAUCGUGUUCGCCUUCAGUCUGAUCACGAAUCAAUGUACCAUGGAUUACGAUAAGUGCGAACAAGCGUCUCACGAAGAGGUGAUAGCGGUAGGAAAAGGAAAACAAACGUUGCUUCAAGAAUAUGUGUCCAAUAUCGUGAUACGUCUGCGAGACAAAUUGACCUUAUAGAUGAACAAAAAAAAAAAAAAAGAA